UUUUUUUCUUUAAAGACUUUGGAAUUUUAAGUAGGCCUUCGGCAUGAAAAUUUAAAUUUAAAUUUUGAGAGUUGAAAAAUUGUGUUUGGCCAUACCUCAGGGGUCGUUUGGAAGAUCGUUUGGUUUGAGGUAUAAGAGAUAAGUAAUUUCGGGAUAAAAUGAUUCAUUAUUUUAUCGCAUGUUUGGUCGGAGAGAUUUGUCAAUCCCGGGAUAACUUAUCCCACCAUUUACACCAUAGUGAUGGGAUAACUUUAUCCCAUAUGCAUGGUGGGAUAAGUUAUUCUGGGUAAUCCCGGCAUAACUAGUCCCGGAAUUAAUUAUCCUGAAAUAACUAUUUCCUAGCCAAACGACCCCGAAUUCAAGUUGUAUUUAGAAUUUUUGUGUCCAAACAAUAUUUUUUGAAUAAAGUAAAGUAAUUUUCUGGAAAAUAGUGAACAAUUCUUAUCAUCAAACGGGGCCUAAAUGUACUAAAAAAUAACUUAAACGUGUAAAACUGAAAACAAGUAUUGGGUUGUUAAAAUAAAAUAAUUUUUCGAAAAAAAGUGAAAAUAUCUUAUGGGGCCUAAGAUUUCUGAAAUUGGGUGUACCUCUGGAGAAGAAGAAAAAAUGUAGUAAGUGAUAAAUGAUCCCUAGUUCUAUAGUGCUGCUCAGAUAUUGAAGUGCUUGGGAUUCAUGAUAUAUCAUCCAUCUAUAGUUGGCUCAAUCAAAGCCACAUCAACAGUCAAAGCGUUCAUGGCUUCAAAGUUUGCUGCUAUAGUGGUUAGUUGUUGGCCGAUCUGAUCAGGAGUCGACAUGAUAUGUUCGCUAUGGGAAGCGUUAGCCCGUGUGUUAACCAUGACAGAUCUUACUGCGUUGAUACCAAUGAUAGAUACUAGGAUGCAGAAGGGAUGGAGAAUGUUGGUUAAAGAAAGUGUGAUGAUGCCAGGGCUAUUGUUGAUUCCCUCAUUAAAGUCAUUACAACCACCAAGAUUAAGUCUGUUUGCAACUUGGGAGUCUGGUGUAUAUCAAUGCAGCAGUUUAACUCAUCGCUUCUAGAUGCAAAUUUCCACUCUUUGCUGAGGGCAAUUACUUAUGCUCUUGACAAUCCUAUUGGUUCUCUUUCAAUCACAUUUGAGGCAAUGCAGGCUGUAAUGAAGUUGGCAAGUACAUCAGCUGAAAAUAUGAGAGCCAUGUCAAACAUAUGGGCUCCUCCAGUUUAUAGAAGACUUGUCAGAAGCGAUAAAAGGGAAAGAGACAUGUCAGAACGUUGUUUACAAAAAGUCUUGAGUGUGAUAUGUCCUCCACCCGUGAUUCUUUCUAAGGCCCUUGUCAUAGAUUUAAAGAAAACUUUGCUUUUCAUGAUGGAGGAGCUGCUGAAUCAAGGAUUGAAGAUUCAAACUCUCCAAGUAUGGAAAUGGUUUAUGCGUUUACUCGGACCUUAUGGAAUGAAAAAUAAGCAUUUGGUUAACAAAUUGCUUAAAAUUCCAGAACAAACUUUUACGGACCUUGAUCCACAGAUUCAGAAUGCUUCACUGGUUGCGUGGGAAGGUCUCAUUGAUUCUUUAAUCUUCUCACAACCUUAUGCUCCUAAAAGCAAUGCACUUGUAAAGAAUCCUACUGACCAAACGGUACUCAAAGGAAGUAAUCCAACUGAAGCUGAUGGGUUUUCCAAAAAGAUUAAACUUGUGAUGACACCCCUUAUAGGAAUCAUGUCAAGUAAUUGUGAUGCGUCUGUCCAUGUAUCCUGCCUGAAUACAUGGUCUUAUCUUCUAUAUAAGCUCGAGAAGUUAGCCAGCUCCCAUUCGGUGGUUAAAACAGUUUGGGAGCCCGUCUUGGAAGUCAUCAUCAAGGUUGGACCUGUCAAUAAAAAUAUCUGGUCUUGGAGCUUCUGCAUUGAGCUACUCGAUAAUUUUAUUUCAGCAGGAAAUAACGAUGUAAAUAGUAAGUUGAAUGACCAUAAGGCCACGAGACUUCCAGAAUCUGCAAAAUACUCAUGGAAGUACUAUCCAAUUAAAUGGUCACCUUUGGAUCUUGGCAACUUGGAAUUUUUCAUAAACACAAUUCACGGUCUGAUCAUUAACGGGUUAAAUAUUACUCUGUCCGGUGAAGUCAGGACAGUAACGUACAGUGCUGCCUCAAGUUUGUUCCGAUCUCUUCUGGGACCUGUUAAACAUUUCCUGAAGUCUGACCUUAUAACUUAUGAUGAGGUUAUCUUAUCUUUGAAUAUGAUGUUAAAGUUUUUGAAGAGUUUAUAUGAAAAUAUGCGUUCAAAGGAUGGUGGUAUAGAUGAUUUGCUGCCUCUUUUACUUCAGCUUUUGGAGGCUUUUGUUGAUGAAUUAGAGCCAUCAACAUUGCAAUCUCCUCUUUACAAAGUGGCGCUAGACUUAAAAAAUAUUGAGACGUCAGAGCCAGUCUAUAGAUUCAAAAGUGCAAAGGUACCAGAUAUCUGCUUUAUGAAUUGUAUGGAGAAGGUCUCACCAAUUGCGUAUAUUACUUUGCUCUAUUUCCAUGCAGUAACCAAGGCAACAUUGAAAGAACCCGAUUAUGACAUAGUUGAAGGGAUACACAGAUAUGUCAAGCUUUUGCUGUCUUCAUACGAACCUUUGGAAAUUCUCCAUCUCUUUGUUAGUUUAUUAUAUACAGAGAAGAUGCUGCAUUGCUUUGAGAUCUGGGUAGCUCUGGCGAAUUGUCUGAAGGAUUACAUAGAUAAUCAUGACUUUCGCUCACUUAUCAAAUUGCAGUUGGAUAGUCCUGAUUAUGUUACAAUAAUACAUUUCCUGUGUUAUCCAUUUGCUGCCUAUUCUUGCCUUAAGGCGCAUCUCAAGCUUCAGCAUGUUAUUGAAGAAUGGACAUCACUUUACAUUUCUCUUAGUCGGGCAUCUGAAAAUGGUCAUCCUACUAUUAUUGAGGACCUGUUAUCAAUGCUUUCUUCAUAUUUCAAUGAAGCAUUGACUAAUGGUGAUCUUGUCCCUGAACCUCAGUCAAGCGUAAAUGGUCAGGAUAUCAAUGUUCGUUUAUUGUUCGGAGAAGCAAUGAUAUGUGCCGUAGAACAAGCUUCUUUGAUAGCAAAAUCUGAAGCUAAAGAGAGUGAAAGUUGGAGAUCCAGCAAUAUCAAAAGUAGCUUGGAAUUCGCUUCCUGCCUUGUGAAGUUAUCUAGGACAAACGAUGAAACUAAUGCAUCAACCAGUCUCAUCGAGAAAAGGCUGCUAUCAUCAAUGGUUCACUUUGUUGGCUGUUUGCACCUGCAGAAGGAUAUAACAUUAUUCAUUGAGAUCAUGACCAGGACAGUACUUCGGUGGCUGUCACAUUUUGAAGCUCAAGACAGUAACUUCAAAUAUCAACUUCGACAGUUAUGGAUUGGAACAUUGAACUGUUUGCAGAAAACGCGACCAAUAAUAGAAUUUAAUUCCUCUUUUCUUAAGCUCCAAGAGCCUCUUCUUGAGAAAACUCUUGAUCAUCCAGAUCUCAUCAUUUUCAACUCAACUGUGAACUUCUGGAAUUCUACGUUUGGAGAGCAGACUAAAUUGGACUACCCUGAAAGCUUACUUUCAGUCCUGGACAAGCUAUCUAGGAGAGGAAAAAUAAAGCUCGGAAAAAACAGCUCGUUAGCCAAUAAUGACAGUUCCAAUGUAGAUGAAAUUACAGUUCCAAAUAGAUUCAAGGUGCCAACAACACUGCGUAGGUGCUCAAAACGAGUUGAACUCAUGGGUAAUGUAGCAAAUAGUUCGGGGGGGAAAUCAAAACGGAGACACACUGAGCUGACUGAGCAUCAAAAAGAAGUGAGGAGAGCACAACAAGGUCGGUCAAUGGAUUGUAGCGGACAUGGUCCAGGAAUUAGGACAUAUACCAGUGUUGAUUUUUCUCAAGAAAAUGAAGAAUCACAAGAAAGCCAGGACAUUCGAGAUGCAGAUACUAUUUUGGAAAUGUUGCGCAAAGUUCAUUAAUCUCUAUUUUUUUUUUAACUUGAUACAAUGUUGCAAUUUUAAUAGUAACGCGUUGUAUACAUGUAUAUUCUGAUAGGCGUCUCUAAAACUGCUUCGUUCUGGCUCUGAUCUGUUAUUCGUUUCUGUGCAUUGCUUCUGUAAGAGUUACUGCUAUGAAAACAUCGUGUUUCUUCAUCAAAAUCUGCUCAUCAGGAGAGCAGCAUCAUUCUUUAA